AUAUUUUUGGACAUCUAAAUGAUUGCUAUUGUUUUGUUUAUAAAUUACACCAAAUAAUUGCUUCUAUUGCAAUUGGACAACAAUUUGGUGUGCAGGUAACUGAAUGCAUGCAGAACUAUUGAUGGAUGAUGUCUCCAGCCGAAAUACAAUACAAAAAUAUAUGAUUUUAUAAAAGUAUUUGUUAAAUUGUGAUAUUGUUUAGUGUGCAGAGGAAAGAAUAUAUUUCAUAGAAGAACUUGGGUGUGCGAAAAGGGAGCACCCGUAUCAACAAACAGAAGCACCAGGGGAUUCGCCGGCUUCUCGCCCUCCUGGUUUCCUCCUUCAUCUCGUUCAAGUAGGCGAAGAGCAAAGCACACCAAAAGAUGCGGAGUUACAUUGCACUCUUGGGGCUUAUCCUAACUCUAAGUGGACAGUUUAACAUGCUGCUGGCCGGGAAGAAACAUUCCUGCGAGAAAUUGCUCGCCGAUCUUGGCGAUGCACAGAGCAAGUUCAUCUACUGCGCCACCACAAAAUCAGUGCCCGUGAAUUUGUGUGAGGGCUGCGUCGAUCUCUACCGCAAUCUCACCAAUGAUUACGGAAACCUAAUUGCGAACGCCAACUGUUCCAAGCGUUAUCUGAACUCGGACAGGAUCAAUAUAGUGGCUACCACCCAAGGAAUCCUAACUAGCCUGUGGCAAAAGGCCAACUGCGAAAAUUGCUUCAGGGAUAAUUUUUGGAUUGUAUACAGCGAUAACUCAACAAAGUUGCAAAAUUGCUUAGAAUCUGCUAGUUCGGAUUUAGUUUGCUUCAAGUGCAAAAAUGAUUACGUGAGUCUAAAUGAUUUCUACCUUAGCAUGGAAAAGAAAGUCGGUGGAAGUGUGUGCUUCGAUCUGCAGGACAAUAUGAACCGGACUCGUCUGAAUUGGUCGAAAACGCUGAAAUGCUGUCAACGCGAGGUGAAGCUGACCAAUUUUCUCAUCGCCGUUGGCGUAGUUGUCCUGCUGCCCAUUUUCACCUUCUAUAUUACGGCAGUUGUAGUGACCAAGCGGCGGGAGGCCAAUCAUGGCUUGCUCAAUGAGCAGGAACCUGAACUGGACGCGCCCUCCACGUCGACGCUUAUCACGGCUGCCGUGCUGUCCACUUCAACAGAGGAUCCUGUUGCAAUCUCCGCCCGAACAGAAAAGAUCGCCAAUGUAUUGAUCGGUGCUGGAACACACCUGUUGGACGAGUCCAGUGAUGAAGAACCUCCUAGGGGGAAAAAGGUUGCUCACAGUCCCGCAUCCGACUACUCCAGUGACGAUGAGCCUCUUGAAAAGCCCAAACGCGCGUAACAAAAUCAAAAGCGUUCAUUAGAGGAACCUUCGAUAUCAGCGUAAGAAGAAUGUUUUUUAAAUUUGAAGAAACUAGAGAAGCAAAGCUCAAAGCAUUUCAAGGAUUUUCGAAUUUUAUUAUCUUCUAUGCUUCUCAUAUAUAACUAUAUAUUGCCUUGAGCCUAACCAAAAACAAAACACUUAUAUAACAAUUGUAUAGCCAUAUACAUAUGUGAUAUAUUAUAUAUAUAUACAUGGCAAAUCAAGACGAGAAAAUCAUUUUUAGCAUUAUAUAUGCACUUUAUUGUUGGCAAGUAAAACUGCACUUAAGCCUACGCGUUUAUAAC